AGCCUUUCACAUAGUUCCAUAUGUCAACUAGGAGUUCUAGUAACUCAGUCUGUUGAUAAGCACAAUGGAGUUCAUACCAGCAUUAUUUUUGCUCCUCCAGAUUUUUUCAAGGUUUUUUAGUGGCGUUAAGCUCACCAAUGAGUUCUGCUAUCUAGUCCAGGAUAAUCCCGGCUAUGGUAUCGCUGCUAUUAAUUCUGUUACUCAACCAGAGAAUCCCGAGGGAUUAAGCUUCGCUCAGGAAAUGUGGGAGGAAACCAUGGAUAAGACUGUGACCGCGGCCGAGGCUGUAAAGAAUCUUACGAAGAAGCUGCUGGUAGAGGUUCAGCUGGAGACCGAGUUGCGGGAGAGUAUGCUGGUGGUCAAAAGGGAGAAGAAGCGUCUGCAGACUACAAAGGCCAAUGCUGCCACUCUCAAAGAGGAAGUGAAGCAUUCUAGGGACCAGGUGAAGGCGCUCACCGAGGCCGUAAAAAACGCUCAGGCAGAACUCUCGACCAGAGCACAAGUGCUCGCUGAAACCAGAAAGAAGGUGCUCGAUACGCGGCAGUCGGUGGAUGAGAAAAAAAAACGUAUUGAGCUCCUUAGCCGCCGGGUUGAGAUGGCUCGAGCCGAUUUUGAGAACACGAAGAUUGCUGUCGAGGAGGCGGCCAGGAAGAGAGAGGAGGAGAUGCAAGCUGAGCUAGAGAAGCUGUUCGAGUCGGAGAUGAAGGCCGAGACAGAGGCUUCCUAAGAGGAGGUGUAUAUCCCCGAGCUACCGUUGAUAUUGACCUACAACAAACCGUCUUAGCUACCUAUGCCAACGUUGUUAAAUGCACUGUAUUUUGUUUAGUUAAUUCAUCUUAAAAUUAAAUUAAUUUGUUUGCCAUGA